AUGUUCCCGUUUCGAAAGAGCAGCACUAAUAACAACAGCAACAACAACAACUCUUCGACGACGAGCUCGAGUUCGACGGGGGGGCGAAAAACCUCCGCGAAGAAGUUUCAGAGAAUCGCCAAGUGCGUGACGAGGACAACCUCUCUGGUUGUCCUUUUGCACGUGUUGUUUUUGUUCUUAUACGCCACGGUGUACCGCUCGCGAAGCCGACAUCACUUACAUUCGAACAUUCCGGAUUUGUUGAGACCGGACGAGACGUUUACGACGAGCGCGAGACGGUUGACGUGUAAAUUGACGUUCGGGGAUCGGAGCGGGAGAGGCUUUAGCGACGCGACGAACAGGCCGUUCGAUCCGAUGCCGAGCGGGAGCGUGAUGCCGUUUAGCGGCGCGUUCGGGAGCGUUGGGUUGGAAAGAGAUACGAACGCGAGAGCGAAAGGGAACGGGAUGGGCGGGAUGAGUAGUAGUCAAGGCGGUGAUGGUUCUAGAGUUUUCGCGCCGCCUCCACCGACAUCGUAUUCUCCGCCUCUUUCUCUCGAUACCGGUUUGAACGCGACGAUCGAUACGCUCAUUUUUCCGACGCUCGGAGCGAUGGAGGGAAUAUCGAGCUCGACGAGAUCAUCUUCUUCAAACAAGAAGAAGAAAUAUAGGAGUAAGAAGAAUGCCGCUAAAGAAGAUUUGAACGUAGACAUGAAGGUAGUGUAUAGUGAAGGGAGCGAACGUAGUAGUAGUGGGAGGAUCGGGAGUAGUAACAAGAGGAAAGAAGAAGAAGAAGAAGAGGAAGAAGAAGAAGCGAGCAGCGACGACGACAGAUUAUCUUCAUUUCUUGCCGGCGCCGGGAACACGAGGAAUUACGGAAGCAUUCCUUCGGUCGCGCAAUACGCAUCGAGAGUGUUCAUUUUAACCGGCAUUUCUGCCUGGCAAACGAACGCGGUGGAACUCGCGGAGCAUUUUUUGAUGCACUACGUGACAAAGCACGAGAUCCCCGCGAGGCACGUAUUGUGCGUCAUACAAUCGCGCUCAAAUAACGUGGAUGCUGAGCUCGUGAGUCAAAUCCAAGACGCGUUCUUACGAUAUGGCGCGUUCACGGAUGUUUACGAAGGCGACGCGCUCCUGUACUCCGUCGCGGCUGCGCGAUUUGAAGAAAAGCUAGCGCUUGCCGUGGACGAAGACGAUUGGAUAGUCGCGGUAGAUUUAGACGAACAUCUCGAUACACCGCACGAUGAAUCUAUAGCGCGAUUUCUCGCACGCGCGGACGCUUUAGGAUUUAAUUUAGUCAACGGAAAAUGGAUAGAUAGAGUAGCAGAGGAUGGGAAUUUAAAGACGGUGUCGCCUACGCAAACGUUGGACGCGCAGUUCCCUCGUCAGUGCUACAUCGGACCGACGUGCGACGUGAGAAGAAACCCAACGCACAGAAUAUUUGCGAGCGAUGCGCCGUCGAAGAGAUUAGAAGCUAAACAUUUGAUCAAGUUUCCGACCCCUAAGAUGCGUGCGGGUUCGGCGACAUCAAAUGAACCGACGCCUUCUUCCUUCUCGUCCAGUCGUCGGCGUUUGAUGCGCGCAUUGUUUGCCACAGAUGGUGCUACGUCUUUAUCAACAACACAACAUCAACAACACAAUCAUAAUAAAAGACGAAAGGUUCCGCGAGCGUUACUCAACGUCAUCGCACACAAAGUUUCCUUCCCAGUGCUUGACGUUCGAGUGUUGCACGACUUUGCCAUCGACGACGUCAUUUCAGCGUCGUUACCGUCUGUGCAUCACGAAAAAGUCUAUCCGGUGCCGUUGAAAGUUCAACACUAUCAGUGGCACGAUUUGGCACAUAAGCAAAUGAAGGUCGCAGCGGCUGGCUUCGAAAGAUGCGACCAACUAAAACAUGGCGCCGCUAAAGUUGCCAAAAAUUUGGCACGAAUUCUGAGCUCGUAUUGGCGAAACAAGUUUAGCGCGCGCAAGUUUGGCAAGCACAAUUUUAAUAAUCGCGACGAUCUUAGUAAUGAAAACAGCGAGCACUCGAGUAAUUUGCCGGCGAAUAGCCUGCUACAAAUCGUAUGUCCUGGAAUCGCGUGUGGAUACGAGUCACGAGAUAUUCGACGCGUGGCAAUCGUAACCUCGGUUUGGGAACACGUCGACGGCGUUUCGCGAACGAUGAAACGCGUCGCGGAAUAUUUGAGAGAGCGAGACGAUUCAGAAGUUAUGGUUGUAUCUCCUGACUUGGCGAAAGAUGAUUACCAGAUUAAUCAACGCGAAGAGGACGAAGACGAGGAAGACGAAGAAGGUGAGCAUACAGAUCCUUACAGUACUCUCGAUCCAGCCGACCGAGAAAGAAUCUUAGUCACUCCAGUUCCCCACGUAGCCGUUCCAGGCAGAGCCGAAUACAAGAUGUCCGCGCCGUUACAAACUGCGCAAAAAACCAUUUUAGAUGCGUUCGACCCGAAAGUUAUUCACGUUGCCGCACCAGAUGUUCUCGGACACUCCGCGGUGGAAUGGGCGAGAAAGCGCGGCGCGUGUUCGGUGUGCUCCUAUCACACGGCUUUUGACACGUACUUGCAAUAUUACCACGCAAAACUGCUGGUUCGACCGAUUCGACAGAUGUUGUCGCAGUUUUAUCGAUCGUGCGAUGUUGUUGCAACACCUUCGUUCGCGGCUGCGGAACACUUAGAGAAAAUGGGAGUGCCGUUUUCAAAGUUGGGUUUUUUCCCUCGCGGUGUGAACGAGAAGAUGUACAAUCCGAGCAUGCGAGAUCGACAGUAUCGCAUCGACAAGUUCGAAAUCGACCCUUCUCGAGAACAUGAAACGAUCGUUAUUUUGUGGGUGGCCAGAACCGUUCGCGAAAAAGGUUUAAUGGCGUUUUGUCGCACCAUCCGCGAACUCGAUACGCGCGUUAACGACGCGUUACCGCCGUUCAAAGUUGUGGUCGCUGGCGACGGACCGGAUUUACCCAUGGUUCGAAAAGAACUCGCGAAUAUCAAAAACGUCGUCAUCUUGGGCCAUUCUGGCGGUUUGUCGUUAUCGAAAACUUACGCUGGAGGUGACAUAUUUUUCUUUCCUUCGAGAACAGAAGUCAUUCCAAACAACAUCAUCGAAGCAAUGGCGAGCGGGUUACCGGUCGUGACCGAUAACGUCGGCGUUAAUCGCGCCAUCGUUGACGACGAGAAAACUGGUAUUUUGAUUUCGACUACCUCGGCGGACCCGGUGUCUUCGGAUAUAAAAAAUUACGCGGACGCCAUCGAGUCGCUCAUGACAGACGCCGUAAAAAGAAGACAAAUGGGAACAAACGCUCGCGAAUCCACGUUUGGUUUAACUUGGGACCGGACGUUCCGAAGUUUGCGUCACAUCUACGAUCGGUGCCGUCCUGGUUUACCUUACAGCCGCGAAGAUGACGGAGACGAAGACAAAGAGGAGGAGGAGGAGGAAGAGGAGGAGGAGCAAAACGGCGACGAAGGAAAAGACGGGAAAAAGAAGAGGAAGAAACCGUACCAACGCGACGUCAUCGUCGACCCGAGCGCGCCCAAAUCCUCCUUAAUCUACCGACUUUCCAAAGGCAUGCACGGCGGUUUCGCGCGUUCUCGAGAAGCCGCCGCGAACGACGACAAAGAAGACGAAAUCGAACGUUUGCAAGCGUUGCAAGCCGCCGGGUUCGCCGGAAACGUCGUUUUAGACGGCGACGAAAACAACGAUCACUAG